AUGCACAUGAACAACGCCAGAUAUCUGCGCCAUCUGGACUAUGGAAGGACCGAUUUCUGGAUCCGCAACGGGGUCUACAAGGUGAGCCGUCAGUUGACGAACGAGAAGACGGGGAAGAAGGGGUGCCCGGUCGUGCUGGCCUCCAUCACCACCCGCUUCCGCCGCGAGUUGCGCCUCUUCCAGACCUUCUCCGUUCGCACCAAGCUUCUGUGCUGGGACGACAAGGCGUUCUACGUCGAGCAGCAGUUCGUGAGCAAGGGCUUCGUGCACUGCAUCGCCCUCAUCAAGCAAGUCGUGGUGGGCACGUCGCCCGCGAAGGUGCUGGCGGCGUUGGGCCACGACGGCAUCGUCUCCCCUCCCAUGCCCUCUGGAGUGAAAUCGUGGGUGGAGUACGACUCGUGGUCGAGCCAGGAGAUCCUCAACACAGCCUCCGAGGAAGCUGCCGCCUCCUCCAAGACCAAGAAGACCAAGAAAUACGAAUAA